ACCGGCAGCUGGUCUCUCCGCGCGGCGAUGGCACAGUCAUUGGUGGACUUCUACGAGGACAGCGAAAUAUUCGUGACGGGCGGCUCGGGCGUGGUGGGCAAGGCGCUGAUCGAGAAGCUGCUGCGCUCGUGCAACGUGCGGCGGAUCUACGUCCUGCUGCGUCCCCGCCGCGAGCUGAGCGCCGAGCAGCGGCUGCUGAAGCUGCGCCAGGCCACCAUCUUCCACGUGCUGCACAGGCAGAAGCCGCACGAGCUGGACAAGCUGGUGGCCGUGCCGGGGGAUGUCUCGCUGCCCGGCCUGGGCAUCGCGGCGGCCAUGGUGGAGCGCAUGGCCCAGGUGUCGCUCGUGUACCACUGCGCGGCCACCGUGCGGUUCGAUGAGCCGCUGCGGGUGGCCCUGCAACUCAAUGUGGGUGGCACGCUGGAGGCCCUCAGGUUUGCCGAGACCCUCAGCCAGCUGCGCGUCUUUGUGCACGUGUCCACGUUCUACAGCAAUCCGUAUCUGAAGCGGGUCGAGCCCCGGUUCUACUCCUCGCCCAUGGACUGGCGACUCUGCCUGCGCAUGAUCGAUGAGAUCCCAGACGACGGCAUGCUCAAUGCUCUGACACGCAAACUCAUUGUGGGUUUCCCGAACACGUACACCUUCACGAAGAACCUCGCCGAGUCGUUGGUCAACGACUAUCGCAGCCGCUUGCCGCUGAUCGUUUACCGCCCGUCGAUAGUUCUGUUCGCUGUGGACGAUCCCUCGCCCGGCUUCUCGCCCUCACUCAUGGGAGCCAUGGGCUUGUUUGCACUGGUCGGCGCUGGCAUCCUGAAAACUGUUUAUCUGGGCAAGGAUACGCGGCUGGACAUAACGCCGCAGGACAUGGGCAUCAAGAGCAUGUUGUCCUACACGAAAAAGGGCCACGAGCAGUACCAGAGGGGUCCGCCCAGGGAGCUGCCCGUCUACAUGUCCUCCUCGUGCACCCAUGUGCCGCACACCUUCACCCAAAUUGCCGAGCAAAUGGACACGCUCGAGCUGUGGAAGGGCGCGGCCUUCGAGAAGAACCUCAUGGUGCCGGGCUGCCACUACACGGACAAUCGCUGGGUCUACCAGUUUCUGGUCGUCACCAAACAGAUUCUGCCCGCACUCCUCAUCGAUCUGCUGCUGCGCCUCUUCGGCCAGCGGCCGCAGCUGAUGGGCGUGGUGCGCAAGGCCUAUCAGACGCUCGAGGUGAUGCAGCCGUUUAUGUUCAACAACUACGACAGUCCGGGCGUGACGCACAAGGAUGAGAUAUCAAAGGAGAACGAAGGCACGGAGUUCCAUUUGAGCGCCUUCAAUGAUCCGGACAUCAAUGGCCUGGUCAUACGCGCCAGCGGCCAAAUGUUGCACAGCAUCCGGACCCACCUGCUGCGCGAGGAUCCGCGCACGUUGCAGCGCUCCCAGCGAAUACUCACCGUCAAGACAAUCAUCUACCAGGGCCUGCGACUCUUUUUGCUCUACAAACUUCUACGCUGGCUCUGGCUCAGCUUUCUGGGAUCCCACUUCUAGCCACAUUUGUUUUUUUACUCUUUUUUUUUUUUGUAUUCCUAAGUUUAUGUUGAAAUUUAUGUCAGAGCAUUUCCCACACCAAACGAGAUGCGGCGAAGCAGCAGACGCAAAAACCCAGCCAGACGCGACUUCAGUCAGCAAUGCUGCAUCCACAUGCGGCACAAGGGCACACAAUUCCGUGGUGAGUCGCUGUCGCAGCGCUUAUGGCUUUGGCUUGGCAGCGUCAUCUGGCGGCUUUUCGUCUUUGGUUUGAGCUGCCUGGCGGCACUAUUUGCGGUUGUUUACUUGGCUUUAAUGAUGGAGAAUUUUAACGCACGCGGGGCUGGCCCUCAAUGUCUUUGCUGGCCGGCAUGGAUGGACGCGACAAUUAACGAAUGGGGCGCCGCGUUGCUCGAGAAAAUGGGUCGACCCAGGAAAGAGGACUUGUAGCUUCAUUUACAAAUAAAACACUAGAAACUAAAA